ACCAAAAACGCUACACCAAAAAUAUGACUUUGUUCGUUUGGUAUGUGUUUGUGGAACUGCUUGCGAAUCGGUGACCACGGAAAGUUGCCUGCAAUCAGCAUCCUUUUCACCAUAGUGUAGAAGAAAUCCAAUUUAAAAGAAAAAAGUCUUUCUGGCUUAUAACGAGAAAGUCAACUUGUUUCAUAGAGCAACCCGUUACUUGUAUUGCCUGCUUCGUGACUCGAUUAUUUUCAGUACGUGACUAUUUAUUGUUCACUCAACUUUCUUUUUCUUGUUUCUGUUUCAAAAAUUUUUUGGCUACAUGAACGGUGGUUUAAUUGCUGUGAAUAAGCCGCAAGGUGUUACUUCGGCACAAUGUCUUAACCAAUUAAAGGCAAUUAUUAGUGACAGUCCACUUGCAAAAUACUUUCGAUCUCCUGCACCUCAUCCUAACGAUCGGAAUCGUAGACGCAGAAAAAAACAUAGUCUUGAUAUCAAAAUUGGUCAUGGAGGCACCUUAGACCCGCUUGCCUCGGGUGUUCUCGUCGUUGGUCUCGGUUCCGGCACGAAGCAAUUGUCUAAACUGUUAUCCUGCAAAAAGGUCUAUGAAACGGUGGCUCUAUUUGGUAGAUCUACAGACACAUACGACUCUUCCGGUAAAAUUGUGGAAUCUGCCGAGCAUGUUCCUACUAAAGAGGAAAUUGAAACUGCUUUACCCUCCUUUAAGGGUGACAUUAUGCAGAUGCCUCCCAUUUAUUCGGCCCUCCACGUUAAUGGUAAACGUUUGUACGAGUACGCUCGUGAAGGUCUCCCGCUUCCAGAUUCAGUAAAGGCACGCCCUAUGCACUGUUUCGAUGUUGAGAUGACAAAGUUUAUGUCUAAGGGCGAACACACGUACUGUGAUCCGGACAACUUCUUCGAACUCGAAGCAGCUGAGGAGGGUGCCGAGGAAAAUAAGGACUCGGAGAAAAAAAACAAACAGGGAAAGAAGCGCAAAUUUAACGAGGUUGACUUGACUCGUGGUACGCGUGAGCCCAUCGGUCCUGCAGCUUCCUUUCGCUUAACUGUUUCUUCUGGAUUCUAUGUAAGAUCGUUCGUGAAUGAUUUAGGUGAGAAGGUGAACAGUAAAUCACAUAUGGUCGAGCUUGUUCGCUUGCAGCAAGGCGACUUUGAGCUCAAUAAACCCGGCUGUUUUUCCAUGGAGGAAUUUCAUAGCGGCGAGUGGUUGAAAAAAUUGGCAGAUUACUUUAAACUUUCUCUUGAUGAUGAAGACCAAAAGGAAAAGGACGCGUCUAAAGAAAAUGCUUCUAUCGAUAGUAAGGUUUCUGAGACUGCAGAAACCGCUCCUGAUGAAGCCCCCGUUCAAGAAGACACGAAACGAAGCAAAACUGAGCACGAAUAAACAUAUGUGAGUCGGAUUUUACUGGCGGGCAUCUAAAUUUUUGAUUUCCUUUAACUGGGCAAUUCGGCCAUUUGUUUUCGUCGGACACGUAUAGUCUAAAAGCUUUUGCUGUCUCGCACUUCGGGCUUUUUUCCCGUAGAUUGUUGCGGUAAUGUGAUUUGCCGCGGCGCCUGCCGUUAGAGGUUUCUUUCCAUCCCAGAGCUUUAACUUUUUUAAGAAAUUCAGCUGAGAAUUGGAGGCCGGCUUCUGUCGCCAAGUUGCAUGGCGCAUACAAAAUUGAAGGGGUGAUUUUUGUGAUUUUAAAUAAGUCUCAGAGGCUCGAACAGCAGCCUCUAGUGUUGGAAUAUCUGUGAAUAGUGCGCUCUUUUUUGUGACGAAUGCAUUCUUAAACUGUUUUAGAACACGGAAUGAUCCAUUAAAGGUCUCAUUUUUCAUAUCUU